CAAUUCUGUCCAAAGAGUAACUUCUGAUUUACUUCUGUCUUCUAAGUAGUCACAGAUCUCUCACUGAGCUCUAUACUUUAUGACUAACCAAGUUUAGUUUUUUCUGAACAUUUGUUCUUGGGGAAGGGUGAAAUAAUAGGCUUUCCAGAUAUGGCGUACUAUGGUUGCAGUGGGAAGGCUAGAGAUGGAUAUUCACUCCAAGGACGGUCUUAAUAUCUUGAUUGCCUUGCUCUAGUGAUUGUACUAGAGGAGAACAUCCCAGGCAAUAUCUCAGAGCAUCAUUCUAAGGACACACACACCAGGAGGAAAAAUGGUCAAAUAUCUUCUAGUAUUCUGCUCUCUGUUGUUCUUCAUCUUGAUACAUUGGGUGUUACCUGCUGUUUCAGGCCGUCGACAAUGGUGGCCACCACAUGGAACUGUUAAGGUGAAAUGUCCAUAUAAGAAAGUAGACUUGAGUUGGUUCACUGGAACCGUGAACCCCUGCCCCGGUUUAUAUCAACCCAUCUGUGGCACUGAUUUUGUAACCUAUGAAAACCCCUGCAUCUUGUGUAUUGAGAGCCUGAAAUCUCGGGGGAAAAUUAGGUUUCAAAAUGAUGGAAAAUGUUAGCUGAGUGGAUUUGGACGCCCAAGAGGAUACCUUUUCUCUCUCCAUCAUGACAAUCCUUCUCUUGCCAUUCUUCCCUCCUCCCAUGUGAUGGUGGCAGAGACCUGCCCCU